AUGCCUAUUAUUGUAAAGGAUUACGAAUGGCAAGAAAAUAACGAAUUCCUAUUCAUCUCCGUACCUUUGAAAAGCGUCAACUCUAAGAAAGUGUCACUUUUUACUACGAAUUCCUACCUAAAAGUUCACUUUUCACCAUUUUUAUUUGAGUGCUUUUUGAAUGGGAGAAUAAAUAAUGAAGAGAGCAAAGUAGAGAUUGGUGAUGGCCUGGUUAAGUUCAAAUUAGUGAAAGAAACUCAAGCAGUCUGGGGAUCUCUAGAAGACCCUAAUUCUGAAUCAGAAGAGAAUAGAAGAAUAUUGCGAGAGAAAGCGUUAGAAGAACAUAGAAUGGCUGAAGAGAAUAAAUUGAAAACGAAAGAAGAAACGAUCCGAAGUAUUAAAAGUUUCAAUGUGAAGCAGCAAAUGAAGUUGGAGCAAGAAAACAGAGCUUGGAUUGAUCAUGAAAGAACGAAAGAAAAGAUUAAAUUUGAGGAGGAAAUGAAUGAAUGGAAGCAACAACAACAACAACAAUCUCAACAACAACUUCAACAACAUCAUCAACAACAACCUCAACAACAUCAUCAACAACAACAACAUCAUCAACAACAACAACAUCAUCAGCAACAACAACAUCAUCAACAACAACAACAACAGAUUCAACAUCUAAGAGAUGACAGUAUAAACAAUAAUAAUAAUAACUAUAACAAUAAUAAUAUUAAGAACAAUAAAAACAUUAACAAAAAUAAUAAUAAUAGUAACAAUAAAAACAUCUUUGAUGACGUCACACCGAUACGACAAACAAAAACUAUCAGCAUCUCAUUUACUCCUCGAGUUUUUCCGACUCCAACCAGAGAAUCGAUGGCCCCAGAAGAAGAAGAGUGGUUACGUAAGCAAGCAGAAGCUAAAAGAGUCAUAAAUUUUGAUGAUAACAACUUGAAAGAAGAAGAAAAGAACCCGAUAUGGCUGAGAGAUAAAGGAAACAAAUUUUUUCAAGAUGGCGAUUACCAGGCAGCCAUCAACGCGUACACACACGCGAUCAGACUCGACUGCAAACUUCCGUCGUUGUAUUCAAACAGGGCGGCUUGCCAUUUGAAGAUGGGGAAUAGUUUCAAAUGUUUGGAAGAUUCUUCUAAGGCAUUAGAAAUGCUGACACCCCCCGUCGAGCAGAAUAGACUCUCCCGAAUUCAGGCCCACAUAAGGAGGGGUACAGCAUUCGUGACCUUGAAGCUUUUCGUUGAAGGAUUGCGCGAUUACGAGGCGGCAUUGAAACUGGAGCCUGGGAAUGACGACUUGAGAAAGGAUGCCGAGUCCAUUAGACGAACCAUUCAAUCAUCAUCAUCAUCACCACCUCCAGCAUCAUAAUCAACGCCCACUAUAUUAUCAUUAUCAUCAUAAUUAUUAUCAUUAUUAUUAGCAUUUUGGUUUCUUAA